GAAAUCUCAGUAAGACUCCUGUUGCUGCUGCAGGUGAUGAGCUGGACCUCAGCUGGAUGAAGGGCGGUGAGGAAGAGGAGGAGGAGGAGUGUGUGGAGUGGGGUUGUCAGGUGCAGGGCCACCGGUGUGUGUGUGAGGAGAGAGAGUGUGAGUCACACACGCCGCUGCUGUCUGAGGACGCCUGCUACGACACGCUGAAGAAAGUCCUGUGUAAUAAUGUGAUCUGUCCUGAGGUUCGGACUCAGUCGUGUCCAGCAGAUUCCUUCCUUACUCAUUCUUUUACCCCUCCUGGACACUGCUGCCCUCUGGUGGUGGCACAGUGCACCUGCAACUUUCAGCUCUGCUCUCCAGAACCCACAUCCUGCCCUGAGGACACCCGGCCUCAACUUGUUGCCAAGGGCGACGGCCACCCGGGCACCUGCUGCCACCGCUAUGAGUGUGUGAGAGAAGAGGACUGA